AUGAAAUUUGAAAAUUCGCAUUUCCAUAGCCCGAGUGAGGUCCUCCAUCAGGACCAGGUUGGUGAGGUCGCAGAUAGCAUCCUCAAUGAAAAGAGCGAAGUUUUGAACUCUCCACGUCAAAAUCACCUGGGAUCCUACGCCGUAAACAUGAAAUCCUCCAGCGAGCCUCUUCAAAUUCCGCAUGGGCAAAACUUGCCAACAACCAAUUACGCACCCCUGGUGGCUAGUCAAGAAGAAUCCCUAGUUCUUCCCAAUGCACAAGGAAUUCCACUCGGAAAAUUGCCGAUGCACAGUGGUACAAGCCGCAUACUGCACGGGGAGGUGUUGAGUAUCAUAAGAGAUAAGAUCAAAAAUGAAUCAAUUACUAUUUGGAACUCUUUACAAGAGAAGCUUAUUGAUAUUUCGAAAAAACCUCGCGAUGUCAACAAAGUAGAUUUUCAGCUUGCUUUCUUGAAAUCAUUAUUCCAGUUGGGAGACCAGAUCGUAAGAUAUGGACUACUGCCCUCAAAGUUCAUCGAGAGUAUUGAAAUCUUCAAGCCUAAAACUCUACUGGAAAUGGCGCAUCUUGUCUACCUCCUCCUGAGUACUACCUUGGGCCAUAUGGCUGAAUACUUCCCGGGAUCGCAAUUGAGCCUACCGUUCAAACUGAUCAUCGAAGGAUUCCGCGAGACCGAGUUUCUUGGGCAAGCGCGUAAUUUUUUCUCGGGACUACGUGAUGCGCCAGGUAUUGAACAUCUGCACACGGCAGAUUAUGUUCUACUCACCGCAACAAUAGACAAUCUAGUUGCCUUUUUUCGAUAUCCUUUAACGGAUUCAGUUAACAGUCGAUUAGAAUUCCAAAUGGUUUACUAUAUGUUGGAGUUUUUUGAUCAGUUUUACGAACCGAUCUUAGCGAGAAUACGAGGAUCUUGGGGAAAUUAUCAUCUUCUUGAUAAGCAGCUCAGAUAUAUGAGGGGUUGUCUGAAGUUUUUCCGGAAUCGAGAUCAAUAUCCCAGUUCAAUGUACGAGAAUCUGGAUAUGUCCUUCUCAACAAUGUUGGCCGACCAGCUUACUCUUUGGAUUAACAUUCGCCUCGGAGCACCUUUCAAUGACAAGAACUUGAUGAAGAUCCGAGAAAAGGUCCCCAAGCCUAAGGUAAAAUUCAACACAUGGAUGAACUGA